AUUUUCUCACACGGUCGCGAGACAACGACACACACACAUCAUGCGUAGGAUGGCUGAGGAGAUUCAACCUGCCGGAGAACAGAGCUCCUGGAUAUUAAGUUGGCUUCCCUCUUGGUGUCCCACUUCUCCCUCUCUGUUGAAAGAUGCAGAGGAAAAAAUGCUGAAGAGUGUGAAGCAGCCUUUCUCCAGGCAGCACGUCCGGAUAUCCAACGAUAACUAUUUGUGGACCGUGGCAUUUUCAACUCACCCUCAGCCGCUCUCCUCGUCUCACCUCCAGCCCCACACCGUCGCCCCCAGACCUCCGUUGGUUCUCUUGCAUGGCGUUGGUGGUGGCGUUGGACUUUGGGCGCAAAACCUGGACUCUCUCUCCAGCAGUGGCCCGGUCUACGCGCUGGACCUGCUGGGCUUUGGCAGGAGCAGCCGUCCCCAGUUCAGCAGGGACGCCGAGCUAGCCGAGGAGCUGUUCAUUGCAGCCCUGGAAGAGUGGAGGGAAAAGGUUGGGCUGGAGGACAUGGUUCUGCUGGGACACAACCUCGGAGGAUACCUGGCUGCCGCCUACACUCUCAAACACCCAAACAGGGUAAAAAGUCUGCUGCUGGUGGAGCCGUGGGGUUUCCCUCCACGUCCUGAGAACCCGAACCACAACUCCAUCCCAGUGUGGAUCAGAGCCAUCGGGGCUCUUAUGAGUCCUUUCAACCCUCUGGCUGGACUGAGACUGGCUGGGCCUCUAGGUCCGACGCUGGUCCAGAUGAUCAGGUCCGAUUUUAAGCAGAAAUACUCCUCGGUGUUUGGCGACAACACCGUGUCCGACUACAUCUACCAUCUAAACGCACAAACUCCAAGUGGAGAAACAGCCUUCAAGAAUAUGACCAUUCCCUACGGCUGGGCAAAGAGGCCGAUGCUGGACAGAUUUGGACAGAUCCGGGCGGACAUUCCCGUUUUCUUCAUCUACGGAUCGCGCUCCAGCAUUGACUGCAACUCUGGACACGCUCUCAUGGGAAUGAGACCAGAUGUGGAAAUUACAGUGAUCAGAGGAGCAGGACACUACGUAUUCGCGGACCAGCCAGAGGACUUUAACCAGGUCGUUCUUCAGAUCCUCGCCAGAACAGACACAACGACUGAGGAUGAGAAGAUAUGAGACCUUCCUUCAUCCACAAGACGAACCCAUUACCCAGUCAUUCUUCAUCAUGCAUUUAAGAGACAAAUCACUGACUGAAGACUCCUCACUCUACACUCGGGUCCUCUCCGAGGUUUGAGGUCAGAGUCAGACGAUGCCGUGUGUUCUUUAUCAUGUAAGUAAUAUUUAUAAAUAAAUGUUUUCUUGUCCUCAUGUGUGGGUAAGAGUGAAUCCAGUGUUUGGAAAUAAAAAUAUGAAUUCUGAGAA